UCCUCUUUAAAUGCGCGCGCCGCAGGUGGUGUGACGCGGGUCGUGAACGUGCGCGGUGAGGAAACCCGGAUCCUGGUCGCGCGAACUCUCAGCCACGUCACCAAUCAGCGGCGCGAGCGCACAGACCAGCGAAUGCCAUCAGAGAGUUACAGUAAAUGAUCACCGAUUCCAUUAUAGCCUAAAUAUCUGAUAUAUUAACUAGAGAUUCAUGCUAACAACCGGAGACCGUCUGGAUGUAACGCGCGCGCGCUGAGCAACAGAAAGAAAGACUUUGUAUUAUUUCUGCAGGACGAACAUCUGAUCUGAGAACAUCUGCAAAACUAUUUCACUCCAGCGCUGAUUACUGCUCUAUAAGAUGAAUAUCUUCCGACUGUCUGGAGAUGUUUGUCAUCUGGUCGCCAUCAUUAUUCUGUUCCUGAAGAUCUGGAGAUCCAGAUCAUGCGCAGGUAUUUCUGGGAAGUCUCAGGUGCUGUUCGCACUGGUCUUCACCACCAGAUAUCUGGACCUGUUCACUGCCUUCAUCUCCAUCUACAACACUGUCAUGAAGGUGGUGUAUCUAGUCUUGGCGUACGCCACCGUCAGCCUCAUCUACUUCCGCUUCAGGAACUCAUACGACUCUGAGAGCGAUUCGUUCCGCGUGGAGUUCCUGCUGGUGCCGGUGGCCGGUCUGUCAUUCCUGGAGAACUACGCCUUCACGCCGCUGGAGAUCAUGUGGACGUUCUCCAUCUAUCUGGAGUCGGUGGCCAUCCUGCCGCAGCUGUUCAUGAUCACUAAGACGGGCGAGGCCGAGUCCAUCACCACACACUACCUGUUCUUCCUGGGUCUGUACCGCGCUCUGUACCUCGGUAACUGGGUGUGGCGCUAUCACGUGGAGGGAUUCUUCGACCAGAUCGCCGUGGUGUCCGGCGUCGUCCAGACCAUCUUCUACUGCGACUUCUUCUAUCUCUACUUCACCAGAGUGCUGAGAGGAAGUGGAAAGAUGACACUGCCAAUGCCAGUGUGAGUUAUUGGAUCAGGCCACACCCCUUCGAUAGACCACGCCUACCAGUGACAUCAUUGCCGUCUACCACUGUAGUUCUUUUGUUUGAGCUGCAUGUGUGUCUGCGGUGUAAUCGUGCCUUACAGUGAUCAGAUCUGCUGGACGAGUCUCGUAUUUGAUGCCUUAAUGUUUCUGUUCAUAAAGAAAGUGUGUGUCUGUGUGUGUGUUUGUGUGUGUGAGUGUAACACUCCACAUUCUUCGGUUCAAGCUUUGUUUCUCUUUUAUUCCAACAGUCUUUAGUUUUUUUUCUGUAGCUUAAUUUGAUAAAUGAUUUUGUUGUUUAUCAUCCGCACCUAUGCAAUGUUCUUGCAUUCUGUUAAAGGGACGUUUGAUUGGGAUUUUUAUGUGUUUGAGUGCCAAUAUACCAGCGAAGAUCAUGAAUGUUUGUAUAAACCACAUUUCAGUCUGAGAAUGACUUCUAACAGAUGUCUGGCAGUAUCCUAAUGAUUUUUUUAAUGAGCUUAUAUGAAAAUGGACAGUUUAUCUGUCCUCGUUUUUAUAAAGUGUGUUUUAUAAAGCAUGUCAAUAAACAGUUUCUCUUUCUGCGGAGCAUGUGUUCAUGAGAGCGAAUGAGCACAAAAACACACA